AUGGCUCGUUGUUCUUUUGACAAUCAUUUGCUAAGCUUAGUUGGUACAUUGGCUAUCGGGGCCACAUUAGUGAUGCUUCGACCGGAAGGCAAUAUGGAUCUAGAAUAUCUUGUUAGUGUACUCGAUCAAAAGCAGAUCACAGUCAUGCAUGCAGUUCCAUCGCUUCUGACUAGUUUAUUUAACUUUCUCACCAAAAAUGAGCGUACAGCAGCAGUAAAAUGGUUACGAUCUCUAUGCAGUGGAGGAGAAGCUGUGAAUAUUAAACAAAUUAGGCUAUUUCAAAAGUCAGUUGAUGAGCGAUGUCGAAUUCAAAACCAUUAUGGUCCAGCUGAAAUCACUAUCAACUGUGCUUGUUAUGUAACUGGUUUAAGCAAACAUCAAACAAGCAUUCCUCUUGGUCACCUCCUACCCAAUUAUCAAUGUUGUAUUUUGGACGAGUUUUCACAGUUUGUUUGCAUUGGUCACGAAGGGGAACUGUCUGUGAGUGGUGUAGGUAUCUUUGCUGGAUAUUUUUGCCGUGAUGACUUGACAGCAAAAGCAAUAACCAACAUCAAUGGGGAGAUGUGGUACAAAACAGGUGAUCUUGUUACAAUGGAUAACAAUGGUCUUCUUCAUUAUCAAGAAAGAAAAGAUCAUCAAAUUAAAUUACAUGGACAACGAAUUGAGUUAGGAGAGAUCGAACGAUGUUUACUUAACAUUGUAUCCAUUUCUGCUUGUACCGUUAUUAAAUGGAACAAAGAUCAUUUAGUUGCUUAUAUUCAGAGUUCCGAUAUUGACGAAACACAAUUACGUGAACAUUGUCAAUCACAUUUACCACCUCAUAUGAUUCCAUCUUUAUUUAUUAUUCUGGAUAAACUACCUUUGAAUGCAAACGGAAAAAUAGAUCGAAAACUCCUUCCAUCACCUAACUUUUCAUCUAUACAUCUCACAAACAUUAUAAAACUAGUACUACCAGCAAAUGAUAUUGAAGUUAGUAUUCAUCAUAUUUGGUGCGACUUAUUAAAACAAAAACAAAUCUCAACUAACACGAAUAUCUUCAGUAUUGGUGGUCAUUCAUUACUUAUCAUGCAACUCUUCCAUCAAUAUAAAACACAAUUUCAUCUAGAAAUGAAUUCUCUUUCUAUUACUGAUCUAUUUCAACAUCCAACAAUUGCUGGUCAUGCUCAACUUAUUCAUCAAAUCAAAAGUAUCAAACAGGACAAUCAUGACUAUCAUUGGUCGUCAUUACAUAUCAUGAAAGCAAAAACUUCAUAUGCUCAAGAAAGAAUCUAUUUAGAUGAACAAAUUCGGUUUUCAUCAACAAAUAAUAAUACUAACAACAUGUAUGUUAUUCCAUUACUUUAUCGAAUUUCAUCUAUGAAUGAUCAUAUAUCUAUUUCACGAUUACAACAUGCAUUUCAAUCUAUCAUUACAAAACAUCAAAUUCUUCGAACAGUACUCACUCUCGAUGCAAAUGGAACUAUUAUUCAACAUUGUUUACAUACAGAUGCUAUUAUCAAUGAUAAGAAACCAUCUAGAUUUUCGAUGAUUAAUCUUCCUGAUCAAGAAUAUAAACAGAAUGAAAUUGUGAAGAAGAUUCUGAAUCAAUCUGAUUUAUUUGAUUUAUCAGUAGGACAUGUUAUUAAUUGUCAUGUUCUUCGUCGUGAACAAUCAAACGAUUUAUUCACUCAGAAUAAUGGUGAUCUAUUGACUAAAGAUGAUCUAAUAUUAUUUACCAUUCAUCAUGCUUGCUUUGAUGGAGCAUCGACACCAAUCUUCAUUCGUGAUCUUUCUCUUGCUUAUCAGUGUAAUGACUUGCUUCUUAUAGAUAACAAUUCAUUACAAUAUAUUGACUAUUCUAUUCAUGAACACAUAAUGGAUAUGACAUUAUCUCAAGAGUUUUGGCAAUUAGAACUCAAAGGAUAUAAUCUUACACGUCAGUUAUCACUACCUGUUGAUCGACUACGUUCAUCAGCUGAUCAACACCGAUCAGGUUUAGCUUCUUCAGCUCAAAUCACUUUUGAUGAUGGAAUAUGUGCAUCAUUUCUAAACUAUGCAUCAUCACAUCAUCUUACACUUUUUCAACUUGGAUUAUCUAUAUUUUAUGUUUUUAUAUUCAAACUAACUCAUGGUGAGACUGACUUAUGUAUUUCUUCUAUCAAUGCUAAUCGAUAUCGAAGUGAACUAGUGAAUAUGAUAGGAAUGUUUGUAUCAACAUUACCAUAUCGUGUUGAACUUGACCCGCAUUGGUCAUUUGAUGAGGUAGUUAAAUAUGUCCAAGAAAAAUGUUUAUCAAUUCUUGAACAUUCUCAUUAUCCACUUCAACAUAUUCUUAGUGAUUUGCAUCUCACUCAAUCGAAUGUAUCAUUUCUUGAAACAAUGUUUGAUUUUAUCACUUUAUCAGAAGACGAUAAUGAUUUAUGUUUGAAUGGUGUUAAUCUAGAGCAAGUGUCGUUAAAUGAAUUAUAUGAAAUGGCUAAAUUUGACUUUUCA